GUGGAGGAGCGGGCCUGGGAGGUCUUCGUGCCCCACAGCACGGAACUGCUGGGAGUGAACGCCGAAGCUAUUGGCGAGACCGACGAGCGGGCCGGCCAUUCUCAACUCGUGAGAGCGGCGGCUUCAUCGGAAGUCCAGGAGGUGUAUACGCGGGCGAACUCGCCGCUCUACGGCUUUUUUAGGUUACGAUUGUACGGCCAGUGGACUCGCGAUCUAAGCCACGACGCGUCUCCAUCUGCAGUGGAAGCUGCAUUGGAAGCUCUAGGAGGUGUCGGCGACGUGUCCGUCCAGUCUGAACUCUUACCAGAUGACCACUUCUCCCAGUACAUACAUAACUACGGC